GACCAAGCAUGCCCAGAGUCCAUUUCAGUGUCAGACAGUUCUGACAGGAUGGAAACAAAUGCAGUUUUAAUUUUUCUGCUGGCACUGGGAUGGAGCCAGACCCUCCAGGGGCUUCCAAUUAUUCCAGAUCCUCUUUACCCCACACAGGAGAACUUUGUUUUGAUGAAGUUUUUGGGAACAUGGUAUGACGUUGCCUUGGCAACUACGAGUCCUGACCUCCCAAAGCACAAGCAAAAUACAGCUAUAGGUAAACUGCUGGUGCAGAAAAGUGCUGUUGACACGAAGCUCAAGACGACCCGAACUGUGCUCAGAUAUGGGAUUUGUAGGGAGGUUGUUCAAGAUCUUGAGCUGACCAGCACCCACGGACGAUUUUUCUACAAUGUUAACCGCACGGGAGCUGAUGUGGACGCCUAUGUGCUCCACACAAACUACGAUGAAUACGCUGUCAUGAUUAUGAUCAAGAUUAGGGUCACGGGUGAAAAGAUAAUUACACUCAGGCUUUACAGUCGAACCAUGACUGUGAGGCCCACUGUGCUGGAAGACUUUAAAACACUGGUCAAAGAGCAGCAACUGGGUGAAAACAACAUCAUCAUCAAAGAAGACAAAGGUAUAUGUGUUCCUGAAAAGCCGGUCACAGAGCCAGAAUCCCAACAAAACCCUCAGAGGGGGAGGAGACCGGUGGUGCCCUCUUUGUCUCCAGCAGACUUGGAAGCUUUUGAGGAUGAGGCUUCCUCUCUGUUCAAUGAUUCUGGGGUGUGUGCACAAGCUCCAGAUUCUGGGCUGUGUUUCGGGUAUUUUGAGCGUUAUUUCUACAACUUCAGAAAGGGGAGGUGUGAGAUCUUCAUCUACGGAGGCUGCCUUGGCAACCAGAACAACUUCUUAACUGAAAAAGAGUGUCUGCAGAGAUGUCUCCCAUACUGAAAAAAACAAAAAAAGAUCUGUUGGGUUUAAAAUUCUGGACAUUGAUUGCUCAUAAAAAAAAUCAUGUUGAACCAAUAUAAUUAAUGCACAUAAAAAAAUCUUGUUCUACCGUAAUGAACGCUUCUUUGUUACUACACCUAAUGAUUUUACAUAA